AUGAAGAUCGUCGCUUCAACCCUGGCAACCAUGAGCAUCUUCGCUCUGAUGGCCAACGCUGCUCCAAUAGAUGAACCACAGGCGAACUCAACCUUGGAGGAACGGCAAGCUUUCACUUGGCUUGUCAUGUAUGAUGACGUUGGCUUCAAGGGCAAGAGCCAGGGGAUCUCCUCAGACAGCGACGGCGAGUGCAUCAAUCUCAACAACAAUGUCAAAGACAAAAUGUCUUCUUUCAUCCUUGCCAACGAGUUCUUGACCCAUCCAAGGGCGUGUAGAUUUUACGAGUAA